CGGGGCGCGGAGCCGAGGCUGAGCGGGCGCUCGCCGGGAGCAUGGACGCGGCGGGGGAGCGCAGCCUCCCGGAGCCGGGCAGCCGGGGCAGCCGGGGCAGCCGGGGCUCCCGGGCCGGCGACGACAUCGAGAUCGUGGUCAACGUGGGGGGCGUGCGGCAGGUGCUGUACGGGGACCUGCUCAGCCAGUACCCCGAGACCCGGCUGGCCGAGCUCAUGGGCUGCCUGGCGGGGGGCUACGACACCAUCUUCUCCCUGUGCGACGACUACGACCCCGGGAAGCGCGAAUUCUACUUCGACCGGGACCCGGACGCCUUCAAGUGUGUCAUCGAGGUGUACUACUUCGGGGAGGUCCACAUGAAGAAGGGCAUCUGUCCCAUCUGCUUCAAGAACGAGAUGGACUUCUGGAAGGUGGACCUCAAGUUCCUGGACGACUGCUGCAAGAGCCACCUGAGCGAGAAGCGCGAGGAGCUGGAGGAGAUCGCGCGCCGCGUGCAGCUCAUCCUCGACGACCUGGGCGUGGACUCGGCCGAGGGCCGCUGGCGCCGCUGCCAGAAGUGCGUCUGGAAGUUCCUGGAGAAGCCCGAGUCGUCGUGCCCGGCGCGGGUGGUGGCCGUGCUGUCCUUCCUGCUCAUCCUCAUCUCGUCGGUGGUCAUGUGCAUGGGCACCAUCCCGGAGCUGCAGGUCCUGGACGCCGACGGCAACCGCGUGGAGCACCCGACGCUGGAGAACGUGGAGACGGCGUGCAUCGGCUGGUUCACGCUGGAGUACCUGCUGCGCCUCUUCUCCUCGCCCAACAAGCUGCACUUCGCGCUGUCCUUCAUGAACAUCGUGGACGUGCUGGCCAUCCUCCCCUUCUACGUGAGCCUCACGCUCACGCACCUGGGCGCGCGCAUGAUGGAGCUGACCAACGUGCAGCAGGCGGUGCAAGCCCUGCGCAUCAUGCGCAUCGCCCGCAUCUUCAAGCUGGCGCGCCACUCCUCGGGCCUGCAGACCCUCACCUACGCCCUCAAGCGCAGCUUCAAGGAGCUGGGGCUGCUGCUCAUGUACCUGGCGGUGGGCAUCUUCGUCUUCUCCGCGCUGGGCUACACCAUGGAGCAGAGCCACCCCGAGACCCUGUUUAAGAGCAUCCCCCAGUCUUUCUGGUGGGCCAUCAUCACCAUGACCACCGUGGGCUACGGGGACAUCUACCCCAAGACCACCCUGGGCAAGCUCAACGCGGCCAUCAGCUUCCUGUGUGGGGUCAUUGCCAUCGCCCUGCCCAUCCACCCCAUCAUCAACAACUUCGUCAGGUACUACAACAAGCAGCGGGUCCUGGAGACGGCCGCCAAGCACGAGCUGGAGCUGAUGGAGCUCACCUCGAGCAGCGGGGGCGAGGGCAAGGUGGGGUGCUCCCGCAGUGACCUGGACAGCCUCCCGCCCGAGCCCGUGGGGGAGGAGGGGCCGAGCUGGAGCAGCCGGCUGAAGCUCUCCCACAGCGACACCUUCAUCCCUCUCCUGACCGAGGAGAAACAUCAUAGGACCCGGCUCCAGAGUUGCAAGUGACGAGGGUCCUCCGGGCUCGGACGGACUCGGCCAGUGGACGGGACGGAUGGUGUGACGGGCCUGUCGGUUGACUUUCUGGAGGGGCUGUCCUUUGUCCCCUCCACCAUCUCCUGAACAGAACUCUCUGAAGGCCCCCUGGGGCACCUCUGGUGAGGCUGGGUAAGACCCCUUUAUGUUGCCAGCUCUCAGGAGCCCGUGGGGACAGAGGGGUGUCCGAGAGUCCCGGGCAGCGUGGUGGGGGGGGGGAUGGAGGCCAUGGUCUGGCUUGUUGGCAGGAGCCCUCGCCCGGUUCUGUA